CAGUGACACGUCUAGCUCUGUGGUCGUACAUACACGGCCGCCAGCCACCAGAUCAAGAGGGCAGCCGCCGUCGAUUGAUCUCUUAUUAUUAGUUUCAAUUUUUUUUUCUAUCUCUUACAGUUAUUUUUUAUGAUUUUUUGAAAUUGGUCAAUUCCCAUGCGAGGGGAACAAGCGUGACCUAGUUAAAGCCUGACAGCGCGAAAGAAAUGUAUUGAAACUGACAUGUGUAUGUCGUCUUGGUGAAAUUAAGUUUGCAGUUUUGGAAACUGCGCGGUCUCAAUUUCGAAGUAUUGACUGCAGGGCUUCUGCUUACGCAAAAAAUUGCGUACAAUGCUCAUUAAAAGUUCGGAGGACCCCUUCAAAUUUGGGCGAAGAACAGAUACAAAAUUGGGUAAGUGUAGUGUCUGACAUCGUAGCCCAAUCUAUUGUUGUCGUCUGCUACAAUGUGAGAAUAACUUCCCUUGAAGUGAGGUUUUUUUUCCCCUUUCCGAAAAGAGUUCAUUAACAUGUUUCCAAGAUGUCGUUGACAGCGUGGUUAACUCAGAAACGGAAAGAAAGUGACAAACAGCAAGAUAAUGAAGAUGGUUAACCCACAUCAUCAAGCGCUGUUCCUAGUACCUGUGAUGACAACCCACCCAAAAAGGAAAAAGUGAGAGCCUACAAUACUGUGUGGGAGAAAGAGUUUUCGUGGCUCGAGUUUGAUGAAUCGUCCUAAGUCAUGAAAUGUUCCGUGUGUGUAAAGACUCAGCAGAGAAAUGCUUUCGUCACUGGAUGCACUAAUUUUCAACGAAACGCAUUAACAAGACACGAUCGAGUCGACUGCCGACCACAGAGCUGCCAAUGCUACUGAAAGGAGGCAAGCUGACAUGGUCCAAUCAAUGAAAAAAUCCUAUGAGAAGACAUCGCACGUGUUGUUUGCUCAGAUGGGAGCAGAUCUGAUCCUGGCGACAGAUGACCUGCCAGAUACCAAGUUCAGCUCUCUACUCCAUGCUCAGGCCUUGCUGGUGAGGACACAAGAGCAGCCGGACGACCACCAGCCAACCUACACAGACCACAACAAAGCAGCAGAACUUCAAGCCUCUCUGGGCAAUGUGUGCAGACAGCAGAUCUUCGCGAGGAUCAAAGAAAGCAUAGGCAUCAUGUUGGACGAAUCUCUGGAUGUGGCAGUUCAGAAGAAGCUUGUGAUCUUUUGUAGAGUCAUUGAUGAAGGGGUUGGGCAAACUGAAUUCGCUGCAAACAUUGAGGUGAAAGAUGGAAAAGCCGACACAAUCACGCAGGCCAUCAUGGACUUUCUGCAUGAUGUUGAUGUUCCUCUAGAAAGGGUGUCAGGAAUAGGCACAGAUGGAGCUGCUGUCAUGGUGGGCAGGUUGAAUGGUGUGGUGGUCAAACUCCAGAAGCAGAACCCCAAGCUUGUUGGAACCUGGUGUGUGGCUCACAGGCUGGCCCUUGUGUGUCAGUGGGCUUCAAAGAGUGUCCCCUACCUGGAGACUGUGCAGACAACCCUGGCCAACAUCUUUGACUUCUUCCAUUACUCAGCCUGCAGGUACAACAAACUCAGAGAGCUCAAGGAGUUGAUGAAAACACAGGUCAGAAAAUUCAAGAAACCCACCAAUGUCAGGUGGCUGUCACUGCAUGAGAGUGUGAAAGCUGUCUACUCUGCUUGGGGGUGUCUGUGCUUGGCACUGGAACGUGAGGCUGCAAGCAAAAACACUGGAGGGGCAAAGGCUAGGGAGAUACUGAAGGCUGUCAAAAGCUACAAAUUCAUCGGUGUCAUCUGCCUCCUGUGUGACAUUCUAUCCACCUUGACCAGAUGUAGCAAGGUGUUCCAGAAGGACAGCAUUGACAUUCGACAAGUUGAAGACAUGCUGGCUGCAACAUCUGCAACUCUGAAAGACCUGGCUGAGCACCCUGGGUCUGUUCUUCAGGACUUCUUCACCCAGGUGGCAGACAGUGGACAUUUCCAGGGCAUCACAGUGACUGGUAGUGAAGACAUUGUGAGGAGAAUAAGGACAGACUUUGUGAGAGAGAUCCAUCAAGAAAUGGACAAGCGAUUUCCAGCAAAUGACAUGGCUGUUCUGAAAGACCUGGCAACAGUCCUGGACCCCUCUCACCUGCCACACACCCAGGAAGAAAUCAGGGAGCAUGGAAAGGAGGCACUUGAGAGGCUGCUGACCAGAUAUGAGGAGAUCGAUGGGGAAGCUGCUAGGGACUCCUUCAGACUGUUCAAAGCAUUGCUGGGCAAACACAGAGAAAAAGGUUUGCAGGCCAUGUAUCAGCAUAUGUUGCUGCAGUGUACAGAGACAUUCCCCGAGUUUGUUACUCUGGCUGAGAUCUCAACAACCAUCCCAGUCACCUCAGUACCAUGUGAAAGGGGCUUCUCCUCACAGAACCUCAUCCACACAUCCCUCAGGAGUUGCCUCAACAUCAAGCCAGUGGAGAACAAAAUGUUCAUUAAGAAUGCUGCCAAGCACCCCAAGUACAGUGAGCAUAAGCUCAUCACAGAUGCCUAUCACACUUCAUGGAACAGAAAUGUCACCGUUUCUGAGUGACUCAACCUUAUAGUGCUUUGUGUGUUGAAUAAAGUAUGUUGAUUGUU